AUGGCCAAUCACGCGUGUUUCGUAUCAAACCAAUCAUCUCCUGCACAACCAAGGUCACCAGCUUCAGUGCAUUCUAAUGCUAAUUCCAGAAAGUCAUACUCUAGAUCUCCUUCGCCAACACCAACAAGAAAUAGAUCGGCGUCACCUUCUUCUGUUAAAAAUCAAACGUCAUCUAGAUCCAGUUCAAAAUCUGCGGGUAGGAGAAGUACUUCAAAAUCACCUUCCAAAUCUCCUACUCCAGAACAAGAUGGAAAAAUUGUACAAAGUGAAUCGCAGUCACCGCGUUCAGUACGCUCAACAAAAUCACGAUCGAGAUCACGGAGUUCUUCAGUAGCAGAAUCCAGAAAAAGUUCGAAUCCAGCAUCUAGACAGAAUUCACGAUCUAGAUCCAGAUCGACUUCAGCUAAACGAAGUAACCCACCAUCUAGAUCUCCUUCCCGAUCCAUUCGUUCUAAGUCACGUUCUCGCUCCCCCUCCGGUUCUCCAAAAGUGCCUGCUAGGUCUCGUUCUCGAUCAGGUUCGCAAAGAUCUUCACAAGGUCGAUCUCGUUCUCAAUCCCGAUCCCGUUCAGGAAGUCCCCGACCUAAAUCACAUAGUAGAUCCAGAUCUCCUUCAAAUGACAAAAAAAGGUCGCGUUCUCCGUCUCCGACGCCAUCUCCAUCUUCAUCUCCAUCUCGUGUUAAAGUUUCUCGAUCCCGUUCGCGAUCAAAAUCCCAAUCAAUAGAUAAUUUAAGGAAAGGUUCUCCCAGUUCCCAAAAAAGUUCCAAAUCGCCUGCGAAUUCCCCAGAUGGAAAACAUAAAUCAAAAUCUCGAUCUAGAUCCAGAUCAGGAUCAAGAAAACAAUCACCUGCAACGUCACGGAGAGGAUCAUUGUCUCGAUCGCCUUCCGCAGAACCUAAAGUUUCGUUACGAUCAAAGUCGGGGACACCAUCAGGUUCAAGGCAAGGAUCACGAUCUAGGUCACGUUCCAGAUCUGGUUCCCGGAAGUCAGCUUCAAGAUCAAAAUCAAGAUCGAUAUCAGGAUCACGCAAAGGAUCACAGUCCCCUGUGUCAAGGAAAAGUUCACGGUCUCGAUCACGGUCUUCCUCGAGAUCAUCAAAAUCUAGAUCCAGAUCUCGGUCCAGUUCAAAAGCGUCGCGUUCUAGAUCGCGUUCAGGAUCGCGAUCGAAAUCAAGAUCAAGAUCGCAUUCUAAGUCACGAUCCCGUUCAAAAUCAAAAUCCCACUCGAGAUCUCGUUCAGGUUCGCGAUCAAAGUCAAGAUCGCGUUCUAAAACACAUUCUCGUUCAAGAUCACGUUCGAAAUCGAAAUCGGGAUCACUCGCUGGAUCCAGACACUCUUCGCGAUCAAGAUCAAGGUCUCGUUCAUUAUCGAAGUCUAGAAGAUCAAGAAGUCGCAGCGAGGAUUCUGAAGGUGGUAUUAGGAAAAGAAGCAGAGUUCUUUCUGAUUCCGAAGAAGAUGACGAUGGAGUUAAGGCAACCAAAAAAACAAAGCAUGGAUUAUCGGACUCCGAAAAUGAAGGCGACGAGGAAUCAGCAAAAAAGAAGAAGGAUGAAGAUGAACAGGAGGAAGGACGUGAAGAACAAGAAGAGAAUAAACAACUCGAAGAUGGUACAGUUAUUGAGCAGCAAGAAAACGAAGAUUCCGACGAUGGUAUUAUCGCAGAUGGAGGAAUGGAUGAUGCUCUGUCGGAUUUCGACCGUAUGUUAGCGCGUAAGAAAGAAGAACAAUCACGAAGACGAAAAAGAAAAGAUAUCGAUAUAAUUAAUGAUAAUGAUGAUAUUAUAGCGCAACUUUUAUCCGACAUGAGGACUGCAUCAGAAGAAGACAGAAAAUUAAAUCAACAAAAUAAACCUGCUACUAAUAAAAUAGCUAUGUUACCGAAAGUAUUAUCGCAACUUAAAAAACAUGAUCUUCAAUUGGCAUUUUUGGAACACAAUGUAUUAUCAGUGUUAACGGAUUGGUUGGCUCCAAUGCCCGAUCGAUCUUUACCUUCUUUAAAAAUCAGAGACAGUCUUUUAAAGCUUUUGUGGGAAUUUCCAAGGAUAGACCAGUCUUCCUUAAAACAAUCAGGCAUUGGCAAAGCUGUAAUGUAUCUUUACAAACAUCCGAAAGAAACUAAAGAGAACAAAGAACGUGCAGGUAAAUUAAUUAAUGAAUGGGCACGUCCAAUAUUUAAUCUGUCGGCCGACUUCAAAGCAUUGUCAAAGGAAGAAAGAAUGCAAAGGGACUUAGAACAAACACCUCAAAAAAGAAGGAAAAGCGAGGAUGGUAGUUCUGCUCAAAAAUCACAAGACAUAAAUAAAGCUCUGAAAGGAGAUGCUAAACCUCUAAGACCAGGUGAUCCUGGCUGGGUUGGAAGAGCCAGGGUUCCUAGACCUUCUAAUAAAGAUUAUGUUGUAAGGCCAGAUUGGAAGUCUGAUGUCGAUAUUAGCAGGAGUACCAAGAAGCAAAUGAAUAGAUUCGAAAGGCAUAUGAAAAAUUACAUAGAUAACAAAAGGAUCAAAGGAACUAGAAGAGCUGUGGAUAUAUCUAUUGAAGGACGUAAAAUGUCUUUAUAAUAGGAAUACUUUUCGACUCACACGAAACAUAUUAUGUAUGAUUUACAAGAACUGUAUAACCGUAUAUGAGAACCUACAAUGCCUCAACAUUAAGUUAUACAUGUUAAUGAAAUUGUAAUUAUAAUUGUGCUCAAUAAAAGUUAGACGACAAUUCUA